CUGCUUUCUCUCCUGGGCUGCUUCUCCGCCGCCACUGAAAGUGCGAGGCGAGCGGGAGACAUGGCCGCCUCGAAGCCCGUGGAGGCCGCCACAGGUGGGACGGGCUCGGGGAUCCCGCGCUGGCAGCUGGCUUUGGUAGUCGGGGUGCCGCUGAUCGGGGUCGGAGCAAUUUAUUUGUGGAACCGGCGGAGGCGUGGGACGCGGGCCGGUGGCAAAGGCACCAGCGAGAGGAAGACUCCCGAGGGGAGGGCCAGCCCGGCCCUCCCCGACCCUUCAGGGGGUGGUCAUCCCGAUGGCCCCGGCGGCGACGAGAUGAGUCCUCUUGAUAAAGCACAGGCUGCAAAGAACAAAGGCAACAAAUACUUUAAAGCUGGGAAAUAUGAGCAAGCUAUUCAAUGCUAUACCGAAGCCAUCAGUUUAUGUCCCUCUGAAAAAAAUGGUGACCUUUCUACGUUUUAUCAGAACCGAGCUGCGGCAUAUGAACAACUGCAAAAAUGGAAAGAAGUGGCCCAGGACUGCACAAAGGCAGUUGAACUUAAUCCCAGAUAUGUGAAAGCACUUUUUAGGCGUGCAAAAGCACACGAGAAACUAGACAACAAAAAAGAAUGUUUAGAAGAUGUUACUGCAGUUUGCAUUUUAGAAGGCUUUCAAAAUCAGCAAAGCAUGUUGCUAGCUGAUAAAGUUCUUAAACUUCUUGGGAAAGAAAAAGCCAAAGAGAAAUACAAGAACCGGGAACCCUUGAUGCCUUCACCACAGUUUAUCAAAUCUUACUUCAGCUCUUUCACAGAUGAUAUUAUAUCUCAGCCUCUUCUAAGGGGAGAAAAAUCUGAUGAAGAUAAAGAUAAAGAAGGAGAGGCCUCCAUAAUAAAAGAAAACUGUGGCUAUUUAAAGGCAAAGAAAUAUAUGGAAGAAGAAAACUAUGACAAAAUAAUUAGUGAGUGUACUAAAGAAAUUGAAGCUAAAGGAAAAUAUAUGGCAGAAGCCUUGCUGUUAAGAGCUACAUUCUAUUUACUUAUUGGUAAUGCAAAUGCUGCCAAACCUGAUUUGAAUCAGGUUAUUGGUAUGGAAGAUGCAAAUGUAAAGCUUCGUGCUAAUGCCCUCAUCAAACGAGGAAGUAUGUAUAUGCAGCAGCAACAGCCUUUGCUCUCUACUCAAGACUUUAAUAUGGCUGCUGAUAUUGAUCCUCAGAAUGCAGAUGUUUAUCAUCAUAGAGGACAGCUAAAAAUUUUGCUUGACCAUGUUGAAGAAGCUGUAGAUGAUUUUGAUGAAUGUAUCCGUUUGCGCCCAGAUUCUGCCUUGGCACAGGCACAGAAAUGUUUUGCUUUGUACCGUCAAGCCUACAAUGGAAAUAAUACUUUGCAAGUACAAGCAGCAAUGAAAGGUUUUGAGGAUGUUAUUAAAAAAUUUCUAAGGUGUGCUGAAGGCUAUGCAUUGUAUGCCCAGGCACUAACAGACCAACAACAGUUUGGCAAAGCUGAUGAUAUGUAUGAUAAAUGUAUUGAUCUUGAGCCAGAUAAUGCUACUACCUAUGUUCAUAAGGGUUUACUUCAACUUCAGUGGAAGCAGGAUUUAGAUAAAGGUUUGGAACUUAUAAGCAAAGCUAUUGAAAUUGAUAACAAAUGUGACUUUGCAUAUGAAACUAUGGGGACAAUUGAAGUGCAAAGGGGCAAUCUGGAUAAAGCCAUUGAAAUGUUCAACAAAGCUAUUAACCUAGCCAAAUCAGAAAUGGAAAUGGCUCACCUCUAUUCACUCUGUGAUGCUGCUUAUGCCCAGACAGAAGUUGCUAAGAAAUAUGGAUUGAAGCCACCAACACUGUAAAAAAAAAAAAGAAUAAGAGGAAAUGAUCUUUUAAAGAGUAAAGCUGCCCACUUCAACCUAGUCCUGAAGACACUGUUGCAGUGUGUUGAAUGGAGGAUGUUUUUUUUUCUGUUUGUGCUGUUGUAAUUCUGUUAAAUGUUUAGGUGUUGUGGGAAUGGCUAUUAAAGAAAGGAAGCAAUUUCCCCCCUUGACCCCAACCCCCCCAUCAAAUAAUUGUUAGAGGAAAAUUAAAAAGAAAAUUGCAAGGGGAUCCAAAAUUAUUUUGGCCAUGCAAAUAAAAAUCUUUUUGACUUUUUUAGGGUAGUUGUUGUGAAUGACUGGUUCUAUAUACAAGAGUGUUUUACCACAUGAUGUUCUGUUGAUUUUAACAGUAGUGCUGUGUAUUUUUUAUAUAGAAGAACCUUUUUCAUUUUAGUUUUGGGGAAACGAAACAAAAAAUGUGAAUUGUUUAAAGGGGAAGAUUUUAUGGCAAUAGUGACUGAAGCUUUUUUUGUUUCCAAAGGAAGAUCCCAUAUACAAACAUUUCCUUAUUUCCCUUUGGUUUCUGUUUCAUAUGGGGCAGUGGCUAAACUGGUUUUCAGGAUGCUGCUCUCAAAAUAGUUUAGAGAACUUCUGCAAAGGCUUUAGAGUUCAUUCACCGUCACAUGAGGGUGUUCUGCGUCCCAAAAGCAAAUUGUCUUUAUUUGAGCAUCCUCAGAAAGAAUUUAAUUAUUAGUUUUUCAGAACAAUAGCUAAAUUGCAUAGUCACUGCCUAAGAGACUGGUCAGAAUAAUAUGAUAAAUUUGCUGUUUUAUACAAGUAAGAGUUUAGAGCCUUGGAAUGAAGCUUGGUUCAAAGGGUCUGAUUUGGAAACUAUAGUUAUUCUUUCAGGAAACAAUAUUUUCUUGUAUUGAUACUACACAGUUUGUAGUUCUGUUUAAAAAGUCUUCCUAUUAGGGUACUUAGAAAAUUAAAUAUUCUGUUACUAGUUGUUCCACUGUUGUUUGAAUAUACAAUCUAUAAUUGUUGUAGUGCUAUUUCAAUUUAUCUGAAAUGCAUUGUACAGCACAUUUGAGUAUACCUAUAUUGGAACUUCUUUUUGCCUCCAGUGCUAAAGAAAUAAAACCCUAUUUACAUGUCUUCCCCUAAAAUUGUCUUUUUCGCUUACUAAAAGAUGAUGUAUCAGCUGGGAAUGAUUGAGCAGAAUCUAAUAAUAAUGCUCAAUGUUCAGGUUAGAAUUUCAGUAGUUUUUUUUUUUAAAUAAAAAGCAAUGCAAUGAAACUUCGUUUCCCGUAUUUCCAUUUCCCCGCUGACUGCAUCAUAUUUUUCAAAGGGGUUUUUAUUUGCAUGGCUCUGUAUACAGGAACUUCUCUCCUAAAAGCAAUGAAGAAUUAAGCAUGUGUGAUCUAUACUAGCAUUCCAAAUUAUCAGAAUUUUGCCUGUUGUUCAGAUAUUUGAAGCUGCACUGAAAGAAUGCCUAUGAUGGUUUUUUUUUUUUUUUUUUUUUGUAAAUGACAUACAUGUAAAGUCACCAAAUAAAUACUACAUUCAAAUAUCUUUAUA